ACAGCUCUCUCGGUAAAAGGAAAGAGAAAACAGAAAGGAACCUGAACCUCAUUCCGUCUAGAUCCCGUUAAAAAAGAAAACAGAAAACGAACCGACGACGACCAUCGGAACCAGCUCCCUCCCUCUCCCUUUUCCCAGGUAUACCAACCUCCGUUUGGUCAUCUAAAAAGUUAUUGGGGGCGCUUUAAGAAAUUUGGAGACAGGCAUGGAAGAGGCGAUUUUGCUCCAAAGCAGAAUCAUUGUUGUCGCCUCUCCCUUCUCCCCCACAAUCAAUGGUUCCCGUUCAACCCCAAGGACAUGCCUGCCUGUUGCCCUCGUCCUCACCUCACCAAGUUCAGCAAUAAACAGUGUGGUGAUCCUCCUGUAGACGAUUAAAGACAAGGCUCGGAUGGGUCACUCUAUACAUAAUGAGCACGAGAGGGAGACCGUGACAAACAUUGUAAUGAUUCCAUCCUCUAGAAACCAUGCUGAACACCCACCGUCAGUUCACAGGGUUGGCGUUCCUCCAAAACUAGAUUUGAUGAAGGAAUUUAAGCAUACAGUGAAGGAGACCCUCUUUGCAGACGAUCCUCUACGCAAUUUUAGAGAUCAGCCAAGAUCAAAGAAGCUUCUUCUUGGUAUUCAGGCUGUCUUUCCUAUACUGGAAUGGGGAAGACAGUAUACUUACAAGAAGUUUAUAGGUGAUCUUAUUGCAGGAUUAACUAUUGCUAGCCUUGCUAUUCCACAGGACAUUGGGUAUUCAAAGUUGGCACAUCUGCCUCCCCAAUAUGGCCUUUACAGCAGCUUUGUGCCACCAUUAAUUUAUUCCAUUCUGGGAAGCUCCAGAGAUAUUGCUAUUGGACCAGUGGCUGUGAUCUCUCUCCUGCUUGGUUCUUUGCUGCAAGAAGAGAUUGAUCCAGUUCUUAAUCCACUGGAGUAUUAUCGUCUUGCUUUCACAGCUACGUUCUUUGCUGGUGUAACUCAAGCAGCUCUUGGAAUUUGCAGGCUGGGUUUCCUUGUUGAUUUUCUAUCACAUGCUGCCAUAGUGGGGUUCAUGGCUGGGGCUGCAGUUACAAUUGCCUUACAGCAGCUGAAAGGUUUUCUUGGUAUUAAGAAAUUUACUACCAAAACUGAUAUUGUUUCUGUUAUGCGUUCUGUUUGGCAGCCAGUACAUCAUGGGUGGAACUGGCAGUCACUAGUCAUUGGAGUCGUCUUCCUGUCCUUCCUUCUGGCAACUAAACAUAUGGCCAAGAGGAAGAAGCGUUUCUUCUGGGUGGCUGCAAUAUCACCUAUGUUAUCAGUGAUUGUGUCCACCUUCUUUGUUUAUAUAACCCGUGCAGACAAGCAUGGUCUGCCAAUUGUAGGCACUAUAACUAAAGGGAUAAACGAAUCCUCUGUCAAAAAAAUUUACUUCAGUGGAAGCUUUGUUGGCAAAGGUUUCAAGAUUGGUCUGAUAGCAGCUUUUGUAGCACUUACAGAAGCUAUAGCAAUUGGAAGAACAUUUGCUGCAAUGAAGGAUUACAGUAUAGAUGGAAACAAGGAAAUGGUGGCACUAGGGAUAAUGAAUGUUGUUGGAUCAAUGACUUCUUGUUAUGUUGCAACAGGUUCCUUUUCUCGGUCUUCUGUAAACUAUACGUCUGGUUGCCAAACAGCUGUAUCCAACAUAGUCAUGUCUGUUGUAGUGAUGCUUACAUUGUUGCUGAUAACACCCCUCUUUCAUUAUACCCCAAAUGCUAUUCUGGCAGCCAUUAUCAUUUCUGCAGUGCUUGGACUGAUCGACUUUGAGGCAGCUUGGCUGAUCUGGAAAAUUGACAAACUGGACUUUGUUGCAUGCUUGGGAGCAUUCCUUGGUGUUCUCUUUAUAUCCGUUGAAAUAGGGCUUCUGAUUGCUGUUGCAAUCUCAUUUGCAAAAAUUCUUCUUCAUGUUACUCGUCCACAUACAGCAUUACUUGGGAAUAUCCCUAGCACAUCAAUCUAUAGGAAUAUUGAGCAAUAUCCUGAUGCAAUCAAAACCCCUGGUAUUGUGAUUACCAGAAUUGAUUCAGCAAUUUACUUCUCUAACUCAAACUAUGUCAGGGAAAGGGUCCUUAGAUGGCUAUCUGAUGAAGAGGAGAGAGCGCAGCAGAUGGAUCGGCUGCCAAUCCAGUUCUUAAUCAUUGAAAUGUCCCCUGUUAUUGACAUAGACACCAGUGGUAUUCAUGCCAUGGAAGACCUAUAUAAAAGCCUUCAAAAGAGAGAAGUGCAGCUUAUCCUUGCUAAUCCAGGGUACCGGGUGGUCCACAAACUUCACGAAUCCAAGUUUAACGAACUGAUUGGUGAUGACAAGAUCUUCCUCAGCGUUGCGGAAGCCGUGCAAACAUGCUCAUCAAAGCUAAAGUUGGAUGUUUAGCUUACACGUGCAUGUGUUCCUGUCCGGGAGAUCUUCCGUGUGUUUCCACUUUGAUGAAUAAUGAGAACGUGAUUGCUGGGUGCUCUAUUCAACAUAAGACUGCUACCGUCCAGGGAAAGAUUCAUAAAAGAGAACCUCACCAGGCCCUGUAUGGCUGCUAUAUGCUUGGAACCAAUAAGAAUAAAAGAACUGAAUGCCAGAUCAUUUUGUGAAGUGAAAACGAAUGGUUAUUCAAAUCGAAAUG